AGCAAAUAUGGCCCAGGCUGUGCGGGCGCUGUGGCCCGGCGGGCGCGCUCUGACCUGGAGGCUGAGCGGUCGCCCCGCGCUGGGACUCCCCGCGCAGAGCCGGGCCGGCUUAACCGGGGCGGCGGGAGGCCCGGGCCCCGCCGCCACCACCCGCAAGGGGGGACCACGGCUCCUGGGGGCGGCGGCGCUGGCUCUGGGAGGAGCCCUGGGGCUGUACCACACUGCGCGGUGGCACCUGCGCGCCCAGAACCUCCGUGCCGAGCUCUCAGCCGCGCAGCUCUCCCUGUCCAGCCGCCUGCAGCUGACUCUGUACCAGUACAAAACGUGUCCCUUCUGCAGCAAGGUCCGCGCCUUCCUCGACUUCCACGCCCUGCCCUACCAGGUGGUGGAGGUGAACCCUGUGCGCAGGGCCGAGAUCAAGUUCUCCUCCUACAGGAAGGUGCCCAUCCUGUUGGCCCAGGAAGGAGACAGCCUGCAACAACUGAACGACUCCUCUGUCAUCAUCAGUGCCCUCAAGACCUACCUGGUGUCGGGGCAGCCCCUCGAAGACAUCAUCACCUACUAUCCACCCAUGAAGGCUGUGAACGAGCAGGGCAAGGAGGUGACCGAAUUCUGCAACAAGUACUGGCUCAUGCUGGAUGAGAAGGAGGCCCAGCGGAUGUAUGGUGGGAAGGAGGCCAGGACGGAGGAGAUGAAGUGGCGGCAGUGGGCAGACGACUGGCUGGUGCACCUCAUCUCCCCCAACGUGUACCGCACGCCGACCGAAGCCUUGGCCUCCUUCGACUACAUCGUCAAGGAGGGCAAUUUCGGGACCGUGGAGGGCGCCGUGGCCAAGUACAUGGGCGCAGCUGCCAUGUACCUCAUCAGCAAGCGGCUCAAGAGCAGGCACCACCUCCAGGCUGACGUGCGCGAGGAUCUCUACGAGGCUGCCGACAAGUGGGUGGCAGCUGUGGGCGAAGACCGGCCCUUCAUGGGGGGCCAGAAGCCGAACCUGGCUGACCUGGCCGUGUACGGCGUGCUGCGUGUGAUGGAGGGUCUGGAGGCCUUCGACGACCUGAUGCGUCACACUCACAUCCGGCCCUGGUACCUGCGGGUGGAGAAGGCCAUCACUGAGGCCCCCCAGUGAACUGAGCAGCCCUGCUGGGACGAGGGAGGGGACAGUGGAAGACACCGGCUGUGGGGGACCAGGGCCGCUGGGCCAGUACCUGCUGAUGUUGUGACACAGUGCAGCAGGGGACGGGAUCGUUCGACCUCUUGCCCACCCCACCCUAACCGCUCCGUCGCUUCUAACACUGGACGUCUGCUGGUGCCCCGGGGCGCUGGGGGACAAAGCCCAGGCUCAGUUUCCAUUCACAAAUGUACCCGCGCCUCCCGGGGCAUGCAAGGCUACCUCCCUCACCAGCCGGAACCCCUCCUGGGCCUCCCUGCUCUUUAGCCUUCCCUGGGGCUCUCAGGGCUGCCCUGUUUACGCCCCGUGGGUGGGAAUCAGGCUGGGCUCCUGCCGUGGGCAAGGGAAAUAGGACCGUCCGGUUUGGGGAGCCCCAUCCCUGGCUCCCCCUGGUUCCCGCUCUCCCCAGGUGUCCCCAGGACUGUGUGUCAUGUUCACAAUAAAGAAAAGGUUUGCGGCUCCCCGCGUGGCGGCACCAUGGUGGAGGUCCGCAGCCAGUAAAUACC